AUGUCUGUUUUGAAUAUCCUGGUCUUUUUGAUACCCACUGAGUGCGGAGAGCGAAUCUCUUUCUGUCUGACGGUGCUGCUAUCAAUUGCUGUCUUCUUAACACUGGUGGGAGACAACCUCCCGAAGAACUCGAGUCCGAUGUCGCUGUUCAGCUACUAUCUGGUGUCAGUGCUCGUCAUCAGCGUCGCCAUCACGCUCGCCGUCAUAUGCAGUCUGCACGUGUACCACAGAAGGGACAAGCAGCCGGGGGUCGUGUGGAGAGCAAUUGCCAGGUGUCUUAGCUGCGGUUGUGCUCGGCGGACAGCGCAAGGCAGUUCGUACAAGACUAAUCGGAGCGAUGAUGACACGUUUGAGAGGACAGAACAGGCGAAGUACAGUGGUUCCCACGAUAUGAAUUUAAUGCCGUACAUGACACACACUCGUGGAGUAAAUAUGGACCGACCAAUAUAUAUUUACGGAGGUUUGUCUUCAGAUCGUCCAGAGAUCACACAACGUCGGAGGGUAGAAACGCGCGACGACGAAACGAAUAGCGCAUUCAUGGAAAUUACGUGGGCAGAUGUGAGCGUUGCCUUGGAUAAAGCAUUCUUCGUGUUUUUCGUUCUUAUUUUACUAACUGACACGCUCUGCUUUAUGUUGAUGAUUUACCACAAUGUAACCCUAUGA